GGCGCAUCUGGCGCCGCGUGCGGCAUUUCUUUUAGAAAUAUCCGGUGCUGUGUAUGUGUGUGUGAAUGCGCAGUUGCGAGGGAGAAUCUGUUUAAAUCGGCUCGAAAACCUUGUUUUUGAAGACACCUACAUUUUCACAAUGCUGCAGGCAGACCACGGGGACGGCACCCCAACCUUCAAAUGUGUUUUGGUUGGCGAUGGUGGGACUGGGAAGACCACCUUUGUCAAACGGCACUUGACUGGAGAAUUUGAAAAGAAAUACGUUGCCACACUUGGAGUAGAGGUCCACCCUCUUGUGUUUCACACAAACCGAGGUCCCAUCCGGUUCAACGUCUGGGACACUGCAGGCCAGGAAAAGUUUGGUGGACUGCGUGAUGGCUAUUACAUCCAGGGCCAAUGUGCCAUCGUCAUGUUUGAUGUGACCUCCCGUGUGACGUACAAGAACGUCCCCAACUGGCACCGGGAUCUGGUCCGAGUGUGUGAGAACAUCCCUAUUGUGUUGUGUGGCAACAAGGUGGACAUCAAGGACCGAAAGGUCAAGGCCAAGUCCAUUGUCUUCCACCGGAAGAAGAAUCUCCAGUACUAUGACAUCAGUGCAAAGAGCAACUACAACUUUGAGAAGCCCUUCCUGUGGCUGGCACGCAAGCUAAUUGGAGAUCCCAACCUGGAGUUUGUCGCCAUGCCUGCUCUUGCUCCACCCGAGGUCACCAUGGACCCUGAAUGGCAGGCCAAGCUUGAGAACGACAUGAAGGAGGCACAGAACACAUCGCUGCCUGAUGAGGAUGACGACGACCUUUAACCAGCGGCCACUGCAAGCUUCCACGCGUUGUCCUGCACUGGAAAUUUGCCGCUGCCACCCUUCACCCACCAAGCUUUCCUGAGUGUACAGUUAUAUCUAAGGAUGCAAUGUGGCGCCACUGUUUUCGAGUCUUGAUUGCCUCCACUUUUCGGAGUGGGGCAUCAGAGUAUAGCGUUUCCUGUCACAUUUUUAGGCCUGCAUUUUUUUUUUCUAAUCCAACCAAAAGCUUGCAAGGUGUGUGUAGUGACUGCAAUUCAUGAUGCCUGCCCCUUACUUUUUUUUUAUACAUAGAUUAGCUUGAAGUUUUAAGUGACUAGGCCCAUCUUUGAAGUUACUUGGGGACAAGGCACAAUUUUUUUUUUUGUAACUAAUCAGUGAUGGCAUGCUUGUUCUCGAAAGUGAUGAAUGUGUAUUUUUUUUUCUUCAGUGAUGAGUGAAAUUGUGUGCGGAACAAAGAUUUACAAAAAUAAAUGGUUGGGCCGGA